AUGAACACACCAGAUUCCAUUCCGAAAUUUUUCAGAGUCUAUAUGCCUAACGAAACCAGUGAUGAUAUGAAACUUCCUCUUGUUUCGAGCGAGAUCUCGGGAACUCCUCUUCCCAGGAAGGUUACCGUUAAAAACGUGUCCUCGGGGAAUGUUUGGAGGAUGGAAAUGACUACAGACAGUGAGAGUGACUCGGUCAUUCUCCGGGACGGGUGGAAGAAAAUCAUCACGGACAAGAAUCUGAAAGAUCCGGUCAUUUUGGUGUGUGAGUUCGAUGGUGGUACGAGUAAGAGACGUUGGUAUUUGAAGACGAAAAGUGCUAAGUUUAUCGAAUAUCUAGACGAUAAACAGAACCCGUGUUUUCCGGUUGAUGUGAAUCAGAAGAGAACGCGCAUACCCGCGGUACUUAUAAAGGAUUACAACUUGAAAUUCCCUAAAUCGGUUAUUGUGCGUGAUAAGAUUAACAAAUUGAAGAGGGAGAUCGCAGUUUGGAAGAACCGAUCGGUGUUUCUAAACAGAGUCGGCAGCAUCAUGAGAAGAAACAAUGUGAAGCCAGGUGAUAAAGUGGUAUUCGAACUAAAGAUGGUCGAUGGUUAUCGCGGGCUGGUUCGCGAAAUCAAGGUGCAAUUUGUCCAGUGCUGGGCAAAAAUCAAGGGCAAAUUGAUCAAGGACUCGAAGCUGUCUAGAGAUUUCGUUCCAAAGAUUAAAGUCGUAGACUAUGCUCCACUAAUCCAAAGCUUAAGCCUCCGAAGAUUGCCUGAUUUAGCUCAUGAGGUCUUUAUCCAAUUGAAAUCAGACAACUUGCUGCCUAACUACACAACCCUUUCCGCUCUUAUCCUCUGCUUUGCUCAAAAUGGGUCUGUUCAACGAGCACGUACGAUUUGGGACGAGAUUUUAUACAGCUCUUUCGUGCCUGAUCUCAUUCUUAUCUCAAAGCUCGUGUCUGCUUAUGAGCAGAUUGGUUGUUUUAGUGAAGUUGCCAAAAUCACUAAGGACGUAAGUGCUAGGCAUUCUAAGCUGCUUCCUAUUGUAUGUUCACUUGCUAUUUGCUGUUUUGGGAAGAAUGGUCAGUUGCAAUUGAUGGAGGAUACUAUAGAGUUAAUUGAUACAAGAUUCUGCCACUGCUAA